UUUUCAGGUGCCCACCACGAUGAGAUGUGGUUCGAGAUUGGUGGCACACCAUAUAGGUACGGGAGGCAGGAGUUCAUACUUAUUAGUGGACUCCGAUUUGGGGCUAUUGAUAGGGAAAGCCUUGAACCGAAACCUAUUGAGCCGGAGAGUUUACGUGCUCGACUAUUUCCACAACAUAAGAAGGGGGUGACUGGAGACGACCUUGAAUUACUUAUUAGUACCAGAGAGGACAUGGUUUCAGAGGAUGCCCUGAAACUGAUUUACAUUGCUGUGGUCGAUAUGUUUUUGUUGGGCCAGGAUGAGCGCGGGCAUGUGGAUGAUUUCUUGUGGACUAUGGCUGAAGAUUUACAAGCAUUUGAGAUGUUCCCUUGGGGUACGUAUGUCUACAGUAAGAGUCAACAUUACAUCCGAUUGGCCACGAAAGAAAGAAAAUUGACUGGUGAAGGUGGGAAGAAAAUCAACCUUUAUGGUUUUGUAUGGGCGUUUCAGUGGUGGUUGAUCGAAAUGUUCCCAUGGAUUCAGAAUAAAUGGGCCGUUAGACUGUCUGAUGCAGACAUUCCAAGAUGCAGAAAAUGGCUAUAAAAAAAAAGGCCGCAG